GGUGGCAGCGCUGUGGUGACAUUUUUGCCUCUGCCAUGUCACUGGUUGCCUGCUCGCUGCUAUCGUUUGCGACACUAUUCGCUGUCUCCAAAGCUGUCGUCACUCCUGUAGAAGAAAGCGGACCAUGCGCUAAAUUCAUAAUGGACAUUACUUCGGCAAAAGGGGGCUCCUAUAAUGGUAUUGACGAGGUCAAAUUUCAGUUUGAAGCAAACAAGGAUGAAGUACUGCACAGUGUUAGAAACACCUGCAAGCGACUAGGCUCAGAAGUAUCCAAACAGAUAAUGAAGGCGUGCAACGAAGACUAUCAUAUGAAGAUUAAACCAAAACUGGCGCCGCUGGGACCUGAUAUUCUAUCACCGGUGUAUGUGACUUGUGACGGCGUUCCUGACUGCGGACCCAUAGUCGUCCACGUUACGCAAGAAUGCGAUGUACCAAGGUGAUGUAUCCACUUUCGUUUGGACAAGAUAUGACCAACA